UUGUAGAUAUAUAUAAUGUAUAUUGUAGUUUUGGGAAAGAGUACUGCUGUGAUGUUAGUAACAUGUUGAAGUCGAACUUUUCCUCCCUUUUGGACUACACGGCGUGUAGUUUCAGUCAGCAAACCGUGCCUUUGCUGGGUAUGUCGUAAGGAACAGACAGAGCGUUUAUUUUUCAGACAAAAAGCGCCACGCUUGCGCGGUCUCGAGGAUGCUCAAUUUCUGCCUUUAGCCCCGCGUUCCCUCAAAACCGACCCCCGAAAGCGAAGGAUUACUUAGUUUCGAAGCGAAGUUGCCCUCAAGCACUGGCGGAACAUUAAAAAACAAACAAACAAACAAAAAAAAAAAAACAACCAAUAAAAACGGGGAGAGAAAUGCGAGCGGGAGCCGCCGUCCCGUCCCGUCCCGUCCCUCCCCGCCGCCGCUCCCCUCACGGCGUCGCGCGGCCCUUCCCGCCCCUGCCCCGCCGGCCGCGCGCGCUGGCCCCUCCCCUCAGGAGCCGGGAGAGCUCCGCAUCCAGCCCCUCUUCCUGCCCCCUCCCCCGGACUCCCGCCCUGCCCGCCCGCCGCUCCCGGUGGGAUGGAAGUACCCCCGUAAGCCUCUUCCUUCUCCCCGGUAACAGGCGGCGGGGCCCCGAGUUCGGUGCAAAAAUGCUGGGCAUGUACGUGCCGGAUAGGUUCGCCCUGAAGUCGUCCCGGGUGCAGGACGGGAUGGGGCUCUACACGGCCCGCAGAGUGAAGAAGGGUGAAAAGUUUGGCCCCUUUGCAGGGGAGAAGCGAAUGCCGCAGGAACUGGAUGAGAACACAGACUGCAGGCUCAUGUGGGAAGUUCGUGGGAGCAAAGGCGAGGUCCUUUAUAUCCUGGAUGCCAGCAACCCUCGCCAUUCCAACUGGCUGCGGUUUGUCCAUGAGGCUCCAUCCCAGCAACAGAAGAACCUGGCAGCCAUCCAGGAAGGGGAAAAUAUUUUCUAUCUGGCUGUGGAAGAUAUUGAAACAGACACAGAACUUCUGAUUGGGUACUUGGACAGUGACAUGGAAGAAGAGGAGGAGGAGGAGGAAGAAGUAACUGUUAUCCAGGAAGAUGAAGACAGUGGCAGCAAUAAAGAGCUGCAACCAGCUGGUGAAAAAAUUGCAGAUCCCCUCACCUGUAAACAGGACCAUGCAUGCCCAAACUGUGAAUCCAGUUUUGCCAGCCAGGAGAUCUUGGCUGAGCAUCUGCAGACUUUGCACCAAAAACCCAGUGAGGAAAAGGAAUUCAAGUGCCGAAAUUGUGGAAAGAAAUUCCCUGUUAAACAAGCUCUACAAAGACAUUAUGAGCAGCACAAGGAGGCAUGCAGAGGGGAUGCCAGGUUCAUAUGCAAGGCAGAUAGCUGUGGGAAGAGGUUCAAGAGCAAGGAUGCCCUGAAAAAACACAAAGAAAAUGUUCACAGUGGUAAGAAAGAGAAGAAGCUGAUGUGUUCAGUGUGCAAUAAGAAAUGUUCCUCAGCAGCAAAUCUCCAGGAGCAUCGAAAGGUCCAUGAGACCUUUGAGUGUCAGGAAUGUGACAAGAAAUUCAUUUCGGCGAACCAGCUGAAACGCCACAUGAUAACUCAUUCAGAAAAACGCCCCUACACCUGCGAGGUUUGCAAUAAGUCCUUCAAACGACUUGAUCAAGUGACUGCACACAAAAUAAUACACAGUGAAGAUAAACCUUAUAAAUGCAAGCUUUGUGGAAAGGGAUUUGCCCACAGAAAUGUUUACAAGAAUCACAAGAAGACCCAUUCUGAAGAGAGACCUUUCCAGUGUGAGGAGUGCAAAGCCUUGUUCAGAACCCCCUUCUCUCUACAAAGACAUCUCUUAAUCCAUAACAGUGAGAGGACCUUCAAGUGUGAUCACUGUGAUGCCACCUUCAAACGAAAAGACACAUUAAAUGUUCAUAUUCAAGUUGUCCAUGAUGGACAUAAGAAAUACAAGUGUGACCUGUGUGACAAAGCUUUUGUGACACCCUCAGUCCUGAAGAGCCAUAAGAAAACUCACACGGGAGAAAAAGAGAAGAUUUGCCCAUAUUGUGGACAGAAGUUUGCAAGCAAUGGAACAUUGAGAGUUCAUAUUCGAAGCCAUACAGGUGAGCGUCCUUACCAGUGUCCUUACUGUGACAAGGCUUUCAGCAAGAACGAUGGCUUGAAGAUGCACAUUCGCACCCACACCAGGGAAAAGCCGUACCAGUGCUCGGAGUGUAACAAGGCUUUCAGUCAGAAGCGAGGCCUGGACGAGCACAUGAGGACCCACACCGGGGAGAAGCCCUUCCAGUGUGAUGUUUGUGACCUGUCCUUCAGCCUAAAGAAGAUGCUGAUCCGACACAAGCUGACUCACAACCCCAACCGCCCCAUGGCAGAGUGCCAGCUCUGCCACAAGAAGUUUACAAGGAAUGACUACCUCAAAGUGCACAUGGAAAAUGUCCAUGGAGAAACUGACGGCUAAAUACAACCUCACUGAGAGGAGUGGAUCCAAAGUGGUGCAUUUGCAGAUGUAGAAACUCCAGACUUUGCACUUGGUCAGUAAGCACAGUCAGGGGAAACAACUGUAAUGCCUUCACAUGUUAUUUUUCUCAGUUUUGUUGAAAAUAUGUUAGUAAGAAAAAAAACCCAAAGACAUUCUGAUGUAAAACAGCUUGAAAAUUUAAAAAAAAAAAAAAAGAAGAAGACAGUAAAAGAACUUUGGAAAAAUUUUAUCCUCAUUCAAACAAAGAAUCUUUAAGCAAACUUCUAUUUGUUAAUGACAUCCUUAGAAGCUUAGAUAUUAGUAGCAGUGCCUGGAAAUCUUGGACACUUGCAACCAAACUCUUGGCUGUCUGUAACUGUAUUUCUAUAUCUAACCUACAAGGCUCCAUUAAAAUUAUUUUAUUUGAAACCACACUGAGUUUGUCAUUCUGAUUGACUGCUGAUUGUAUCCAGACUUGUUUUAUUCAUAUCAUAGUUCUGCAUUUUGUUGUAACACGAUUUUGUCUCAUUUUA